AUGCCGCCACGAGUUUUAGUAAAUUCACAACCUCUCAAAAAAUGCGUUGUACAAGGAGCAAUUGCAACAACUUCUUCUAUCGAUAACUUUCUGAAAACAUCAGGUAAAAUUCUUUAAAAAUACUUGAAUCAUUGUUUUAUUGUAGAUAAUGCGAUAUUUGGUGUUGUCAUUUGGAUUAGAGAAAAUACAAUUGGCGAAGUUUUAGUUCAAGAAAAUUUCGAAGAUAUAAAUGUUCAUUUUGUGUUCAAUUCAUCAACACAAAUAAGAUAUGGAGAAAACAGUAGUCAACUUGGAAUUGGAUCAUUAGUUCAAAUUGGCUGGGAGAAAAAGUUAACAUCCAGAACAGAUGAAAAUCAUGUAAUUGUAUAUAUAGAAAAAAUGAGUGUUUUUGAAUGUCUAACAAUGAUAAAAUCGGAAAUAUUUAUUGUACAUAAUUCUCAAUCAAUGGCUGGUGUUUCAAUUGGAAUGACUGAGGUAAUUAAUUUUUAUUUAAAAAAAUAAUAUUCAUCUUUUUUUAUAGCAAGACGUCGAAGUUGUUUUUCAUCCAUCAUGUUCUGCUGAAAUUCGAUGUGAAACAUAUCAAGCAACUCGCGAAAACUUGACAGAAUUUAGAAAUAGAACAAAGUUUGUAGGUUGGUUUUGCGAAUUUCAAAAAAGUAAUAAUAGUUUUCAGCAUUCUUGUGAACGUGUUAAACAAAUGGUGAAUGCAUGGAUGAUUGUUGCACCAUUUACAAUUGAUUUGUCAGGAAGUUUUGCGAAUAUUCGAUUUUUUGUUGUUGAGAAAAUAUCAAGUGGUAAUGAUCAUGAAGAAAGUGCUGUAAUAACUAAUGUUAGUUGAAAUUAUUUUUUCCUUCAAAUUAAUUACUUGAUAAUUUUUCUUAGAUUGUUCGAAAAAUGUUUAUGGAAGCAAAAUAUUUAUCAACUCCCGAAAGUAUAUUUUUCAAUACAAAAGCUUGUCAUUCAAAUAUUCUUGUAAGUAUUUUUUAAAUUUACUUGUCUUAAAAUAUUCCUAAUAUUUUAAGAAUCAAUUUUCUGUUGGGUCAAUUGUUCGAGUCAAAUCUUCCAAAACAUUUGAAUCAUCAAGAUAUCAUAGAUAUGGAUAUGAUGUAACUAUUGAAAAAUAUCGAAAAAAUAGCAUAUGUAAAAAGAAAAAUCACAAUUCAAUUAUUGAAGAAAAUUAUAAGAAAAGUGAGUUUCGUUUGAAUUAGAUAUAUUUUGAAUAUAUAAUUUUUAUCAGAUGAUAUAAAUAUUUUGGAACAUUCAAAAAAUACGCUUGAAGAUAAAGAUGAUAUUGUUGAUAUAAAAGAGCAGAAAUCGGAUGCAAAAAUUGUGGAAAUAAAGAAUAAUGAUAGUUAUGUUCCAUUGAAUACAGCUGGAAAAAAUUUCAAAAUACGUUAUCAUUUAUUGGAUGGAUGUAAACAGUAAGUUUAUUUAUUUUCGUUUUCAAAGCACAGAAAAAAUAUAUUCGAAAUAUUUUCAGGAACUUGAAUUCGUAUGAAGUACCAUUUAUUUUGGAAUCAUAUCGAGAUCCUUAUUUGAAUAUUGAUUUCGAUGAAUUUUCAGUGAAGAAACCGAAAAUGAUUUUCGAAGAUAUUGAAAUGAAGAAUCGAAUUAGAAAAGCUUUAGAAAUACACAAUCUUUUGAAAGAUGAUUCAAUUAUUGAAAAUGUACAAGUGAAGAAGAAGAAGAUACCACAAAUUAUAAAUGAAAAAAUGGAAUAUUUUCGAGAAGAAAAACGAAUACCAAAAACAAGAAAAGAAUUUAAGCUUGAAAAAAUUGUUGAAGUACUUGGAACAAUUCAUAAAUCAAAGGUUUUUUUAAUUUUAAAGUAAUUUCGAAUAAUUAAAUUUCUUCAGAUUCUCGAAGAGAAAUUCGUUUUACCGGAUACAAAUUGGAAGCCAAGAGAAAGAAGAGUUGUUGGACUUUUUGAUAAUUUACAAUGGGUUUUGAUGGGAACAUUUGUAUUGUCAAAAGAAGAAGUGGAAGAAAUGCAAGAUGUUGAAAAUGAAAGUCCAAGACAACUUGCUGGAGGGGUUCGUUUUAUUAAUUAUUUUAUUUUUAAUUUCUGAUUUUUAUAAAUUAAUAAUUUCAGUGGUGGUAUCGUCGAACAGUUCCAAGAGAAUAUCCAAUACAACAUGUUGAAACUCUCAAAACUAGUCGAAAUAUUCUCGAGGAUUGUACAAAGAAUCUAGAUUUUUAA